AUGGACAACAACAACUGGGACAUGCAUGCUCACCAACACCAGUCUCGCCAACACCCUCAACAGCAACAUACAUAUCAACAGAGGUCACAGUCUAUGUCGAUCCCAGCUUCCCAAUUUUCUACCUCGGCCCAUUACUCUACCCCUGGUGAUUAUUCACAGCAGCAUAACUAUGACAGACGUCAUCCAUCAGCAUAUCAGACUCCGCUACCGCCAUUGCAGGUCAACCCUUCUUCGUUUACCCAUUCUGAUAUGCCUCUCAAUCUGCCUUCAUCAUCCCUGCCUGGUGCACAACAGCAGCCAUUGCUAACGCGCAAUGAUCGUCACCGAACGCAAUCUGUUGCACUGACAUCAAUUGGUCAGCGAGAGCAAGGGUAUGCAUCAUCUUCAGGCUAUCCACGAAUGGCUCAUCGCUCGAAUACCACAUACGGUUCGGAGGCGACUGUGCCAAUUAGUCGACACACGCACGCGAGUGGCGCUGCUGCCCGCUCAUGGGCCUACCAGGGGGGUGAACCUCUCCCGCCCCCAGUAGAGCCCCAGGUUCCGUAUAUCUCCAGUGCCAUGUCGCAAUAUCAACAUCAGCCAAUGGGUGUUCCGUCCCGCCAAAUGCCCCCGCUGAGCGAACUUGAUAGACGACCUGUGGCCGAAGACGUACCACAGCCUCGGCCCAAACCCCACGUAUGUGAGCAAUGCGGUGCAGCGUUCUCGCGCGCUCAUGACCUCAAGCGACAUAUUGAAACCCACAAGGGGGACCGACCACACAAAUGUCCAACCUGUACAAAAGCGUUUUCUCGAAAAGAUGCAUUACAACGACAUCAGAGUAUGGCUCAAUGCGGCGUCGACCCUCAAGACAUGUACCAGUGA